AUGUCAAAAAGGCUGAGCCACGACGACUAUAAGGUUGGAUGGAUUUGUCCACUCCAGAUUGAACAAAUCGCCGCUAUGGAAAUGCUGGAUGAGGAGCACGCUAGUCUCCCACAGUCGCCUGCGGAUCAUAAUGUUUAUAGUCUUGGCAGGAUUGCUGAACAUAACGUGGUGAUUGCUGGAUUACACGGUCCAGGUAAUAACUCCGCGGCGACAGUCAUCACCCAAAUGAGGAUGACUUUCCGAAACCUACGAUACGGGCUGCUUGUCGGAAUCGGUGGCGGGGUUCCUGUUGAGACAGAAGAAGGUAGAAUACGGCUCGGGCACGUCGUCAUUAGUAGGCCGACUGGGACAUCUUCCGGUGCAGUGCAGUAUGACCACGGAAAAGCAAGAGACGGGAAAUUCGAGCGAACAGGUGCACUCGCACCACCACCAACAGCUCUACUGAAUGCUGUACGAGCUUUAGAAGUACGGCGAGCUCGAGCAGCCAACGAUUUUGUGGCGAAGGAUAUCAAAAGAAUCGACACAAGUCUUCGAAAGCUCCGCUGCUUUAGUUUUCCAGGCAUUCCAAACGAUCGUCUCUACCAACCUGGAUACUUGCACAAUCUACCCGGGGCGUCAUGCAGUGAAAGCGGGUGUGAUGACGCUUACCGCAUAGAAAGAGCAAGUGACGAUGACGGCACAUAUGUUAAUGUUCAUGCAGGGACGAUAGCAUCUGGAGAGCUUGUGGUCAAGGACGCUCAGCUAAGGGACCUGCUGGCUAAGGACUAUGGCGUUCUGUGUUUCGAAAUGGAAGCAGCCGGUGCUCUAGUAGAUUUCCCUUGUCUGGUAAUACGAGGGAUAUCGGACUAUUGUGACUCGCAUAAAAACGAUGAUUGGCAUGGUUACGCGGCGGCGGCGGCAGCAGCUUACGCGCGACAACUGUUCAUGUUCAUGCCCGUCGAUGACGUUCCAGCGCGUUUCAUCGUCGACAGAUUUACUCUGACCUUGGACGUGUCAGAGAUCUUCGAAGUCAAUCGGUUUAUAGCAAGAGAAAGGGAGCUCAAGCGAUUGCACGAGAUACUUGGGGGCACUUUUGGGCAGCGCCGCACCGCUGUCCUACAAGGACUGGGUGGCAUUGGGAAGACCCAGCUGUCGGCAGCCUAUAUUCGACGUUUCAGAAAGCAUUACACGGCAGUUCUGUGGUUGAAUGCCAGGGAUGAGGAUUCCUUGCGGAGAAGCUUGACUCGAGUUGCAAAGCGUAUCCUACAACAGCAUCCAUUUGUUUCUUAUAUCAAGAACGCUCAGGAUUUCGCCACCGUCAUUGAAGGCGUUAAAAGAUGGUUAGACGAGUCCGGAAAUGAGCAUUGGCUUGCCAUAUACGAUAACUACGACGAUGUGGAUUUUGGAGUUUGGGAUCCUCAGCAGACGGACUCAUCCACCAGAAAAGGCCAGAGAGCUUAUGACAUUCGCAGGUUCCUCCCCAAUGUAGAUCAGGGUGCUGUCAUUAUUACUACCCGGUCUACACUGGUCAAAAUCGGCGAGUGCAUUCAUUUGCGGAAGUUGGGCAGCGUUGAUGACAGCAUGGCGAUAUUGUCAUCCAUGUCAAAUCGUCCAGGCCUGGAACACGAUCCUUCUGCUAUAGAGCUAGCGAACCGACUCGAUGGUCUUCCUUUGGCACUGGCAACAGCUGGGGCUUAUUUGGACCAAGUAACAACAACUUGCCGCGAAUAUCUUCGGCUUUAUGAAACUUCAUGGCUACGAUUGCAACAGGCAAGCCCGAUGCUACCUCAAUAUGACCGAGCAAUGUACUCUACAUGGAAUAUUUCGUAUAACCAUGUAGAGCACCAAAACAAAACCUCAGCCUUGCUCCUUCGCGCCUGGGCUUACUUCGACAAAGAAGAUUUGUGGUACGAACUAUUGAAAGCAGGCAGUAGCCGCGGGCCAAAAUGGCUACGCGACCUUACAGAAGACAAAUUAGCUUUCGACACCGGGAUGAGAAUACUGUUUAGCCAUGACUUCGUCGAGGCGGGUCCCCCAAUAAAUGAGACCGGCCAACAAUCUCAGGGCUACAGUGUUCAUGAAUGCGUCCACGAGUGGAUGAAGAAUGCGCUAAAUGACGGAGCAGACAAUUCAAUGGCCCGAACAGCGAUGGUGUGCGUCGCGUCUCACAUCCACGAGGAAAGCGAACGAGAAUCGUGGUGGCUGCAACGCCGCUUGCUCCAACACACAAACAGAUGCAGGGAGUUAAUCGAUACGGUGGAAUUAGAGUUCGACGACGAGUGGAUUUUGAUGGCGGUCGGCAAUCUAUACACGCAUCAGAAUCGACUCGAUGAAGCCAAAGACAUGUAUUCACGGGCACUUACGACCCGAACGAAAGUAUUAGGGGCAGAGCACCAGCUGACGCUCGAUUGCUUGCAUGGCCUGGGCAAUCUUUAUUUGAAGCAAGGCAAACUCACAAAGGCCGAACGAAUGUACAAGGACUUAUUGACAGGCAGAGAAAAGGGUCUAAGCGCAGAUGAUGAUCUUUUACUGGAUGCUUUGCAUUGUCUUGGCUAUGUAUAUGCCCUUCAGGGUGAACAUGCCAAAGCUGAGUACUUUUAUGACCGAGCCCUAGCAGGAUAUCGGAAAGGUGGCAUAAUAGAUGGAGACAUGUCAAACGAAACUUUCGGCAACAUCCAGAGUCUCGGGAAUUGCGAAAACCAGUACGCUAAGAGGGAGCGCAAAAUCAGGGCGGCACUCAAGCUUAUUGGGAAUCUUGGGACCCUUUACGAAGCGCAGAAUCGUCCGAGAGCUGCGGAGUGGAUGUUCAAGCAGGCUAUGCGUGGGUAUGAGCAGUUGGUCGGGUGUGAUGAUCCAUUGACACUUAGUGUUGUCAACAACCUAGGUCUUUUCUACAAGAACGUGGGACAAUUUCAAGAGGCAGAGACCAUGUAUGAAAAGGCACUGCAAGGGUACGAGAGGUCAUUGGGAUCCGUGGCAGUGAAAACUUUUGUUCCCGCCUUGACUACUCUGAGUAAUUUGGGUCGCCUGUAUGAAAGGUUGGGCAGAGUAGAGGAAGCCAUGGACCACUACAUGCGAGCUCAAGAUGGCAUUCUUACUGCUCAAGGACCAGAUUGCGGUCCUUACCGUCUCUUGUCAGACUGGAUAUCAUCCUUGGAGGCUUCCAGGUAG